AAGUGAUACUACAAGUCUACAAACUCAAUACACAUAGAUUGGCAAGUCUAAAGACUUUUUUUUAAAAGGUUCUUACUCACGAAGAAUUCCAAAAUGUCUAGGGUCCAAGGUCUAGUUCUUCUUGGUUUAUUAGUGAUUUCAAGUUUGGUUAUGUUAACCGAGAGCCGAGUCGCAAGAAAAGACUUGGGGCUUGACCUAGGUGGGAUUGGGGUCGGUCUGGGCGUUGGAUUGGGGAUUGGUAUUGGCGGCGGGUCAGGCUCUGGCGCUGGUGCUGGUGCAGGAUCAGGAUCAGGUUCAUCAUCUAGCUCUAGCUCGUCAUCAAGUUCGAGUUCUAGUGGUUCGGGUCGAUCAGGAGCCGGAUCAUCUGCAGGUUCAUUUGCUGGAUCUAGAGCUGGAUCAGGAUCUGGUAACUAAAUAUUAAGGACGAUUUAAUUCCUACUUAGUCUGAACCAAAACGUGUGUGCUAUGCUGUUGGUUUGUCGUGUGUGUGUGUGUACGAAGUUGGAUUAAUAAAAUGUCCCCAUAAGUUGUCUUGUUUGAGUCUGUAUGUUUCGAUACAAGUCUAAAUUGUGAUAUAAUCUCUUUUAAUUUGGAUCAGAGCAUAUGCAGUCGUAAUUAGGUAAUUCGAAUUUUGAACCAAGAAAGAAAACAUGCUUCUAACGAUAUCAAUAAAUCAAAUCAUAUGAUCACAAAUUAUAGUCAGUUUACUUCAAAUGGUUAAACUCUUAAAUUUCAAAGAACAAAAAAAUUAGUGUUCCGUCAC